GUUAGUAUUUCAGAAGCUUAAUUGAACACUCUCGAGGUGAACUCACCCGUCGCAGCAGCACUCUCGCAGCCAUGUUGCGCUCAAUUGGGGUUGGUGGGUUGGCGGGUAACUUGGGAAUUAUUUAAAACUUGGAAGCUCAGGUAUUUUUGUGAGAAUAUUUGGACUGCCAACGAUGAUGUAGGUACCAAGUACUACGUAAUUGCGAACCGUCAAUUUCCGUCCGGCAGCUUUCAACAAGUGAAACCAAAUCGCACCCGAAUAAAAAAAAAAGGUAAAAAUAAAAAUAUAUAAUCUUGCAAGUUCCUAGGUACACCUUUCCAAUGAUGCUUCAUGCGUCAUGAUAAAAACUAUCCGUUCAGGUCUAUGGACCUGCUCAAGAUGUCUCCGACAAGCUUCUCGAGUUUCUCGAAUUCGAGAUCAACGUCGUUGGCUUUCUUCCGCGCCCGGCGCUGCUCAAGUCGACACAUCGCAUAUACCGGUUGACCACUCUCCUACCGACCUAAAACAGGACGAUGCGUUGUUGCGCCAGAUCUUCGAUUCACCACCUACUUUUAAAGAUUUUGCUAGACCCUUUUUCCAGAUUGGAAGGCGUGAGAAUGUCGGCCUAUUCAGAAACAAAUACCUAACGUCGCCGCAAGGCUUCCUUACCUUUGCAGAUGUCACGAUUAAGAGGGCUCAGAAGCUUGUUGAAAAGGUUAUUAGUGCAUCCACGUUGGAGGAAUAUAAGGCCAUCGUGCGAGAUCUGGAUAGACUAAGCGAUUUGCUAUGUCGGGUUCUGGAUGUCUCGGAUUUCGUACGGGUAACUCACCCCGACGAGAAGAUUAAAGCAGCUGCGUCGCAAGCAUGGUCGCUGGUCUACCAGUAUAUGAACCAGCUCAAUACCGCCACAGGUCUAAGUGACCAGCUAGGGAAAGCUCUUGCUAACCCGGAGGUUCUGGCGAGUUGGAACGAGGAAGAGCAGACGGUUGCGAAGAUCCUACAACAAGAUUUCAUGAAAUCGGCAAUACACCUCCCACAAGAGUCGCGGGAUCGAUUCGUAGAUCUCUCGCAACAGAUUAGCGAAUUAGGCUCUUAUUUCGUCCAAACAAUGCGACCCGCGCAGCAAUUCCUCGAAUUGCCUAGCAGUCAAAUGUACGGGAUGAACCCGCAGAUGGCUCUCAAGUAUACGAGUGGAGGAUUUAUUCGUUUACCGACAUUGUCCCCCGAAGCUUCGAUGGCACUGAGAAGUGUACAUGAUGAGGGUACGAGGAGAACGAUCUAUUACGCGACUCGAACGGCCAAUAGAAAGUCGAUUAGACUCUUGGAAGCUAUGCUACGAUCGAGAGCCCAACUCGCAAAGCUAUCAGGGUUUGAAAGUUAUAGCCAGAUGGCUUUGCACGAUAAGAUGAUGGCUAAGACGCCUGAGUCUGUUCAUCAGUUUCUUCUAGCUCUUUCCACCCGCAAUGCGCCACUUGUCGAAAAAGAGAUGAUAGACCUCAUUCAGGAGAAGAGCAAAACGCUGAAUAUGACACAGAACGUAACACCAAUUGAUAUCAAACCAUGGGAUAAAGACUAUUAUAUGGAAAAGAUACGUUCAUCUAUGAGGUCGCGACGGCGCGACGAUGAUUCUCUGCCGUCUUAUUUCUCUCUCGGAACUGUCAUGCAGGGAUUAUCGAGACUAUUUACCCGUUUGUACGGAAUCAGGCUUGUUCCUCGAGACACCCUCCCAGGAGAGACUUGGCAUCCGGACGUGAGGCGGUUAGAUGUUAUAUCUGAUACUGAUGGGCAUGUUGCGGUUCUAUAUUGCGAUCUUUUCUUCCGGGAAGAUAAGUCUCCGAACCCGGCACAUUUUACUGUGCGCUGUUCUAGAGAGAUAUCGGAGGCCGAAAUACAAGAAGUAGCAGAAGGAGACGCAACCGGCGUCAAAGGCGUUCCUAAAUUCGACUCUCCUAUCGAAGCCGCAAAUGAUGGGAUGCAUGUAUCUCAGCAGUCCGGCUCUGUGAAGCAGCUACCAACAAUUGCGUUAGUUUGCGACUUUGAAGAGAAUAAGGGGCACGGACCGGCCCUUUUAGACUACUAUCAGAUGGAAACACUCUUCCACGAGAUGGGACAUGCCAUUCACUCGGUUUUGGCCCGGACUUCUUUACAAAAUGUAGCCGGGACCCGGUGCGCGACUGACCUGGCAGAACUUCCGUCUACUCUGAUGGAGCAUUUCUGCGCAGAUCCUUCUGUUCUCGGGCUGUUCGCUCGACAUCACAUCACAGACAAGCCAUUGCCAUUUGAUAUGGUUGUAGAUAAAAUCAACAUUUCCAGGAGAUUUGAGGCGAUUGACAGAGAGAACCAGAUUAUACUGGCUAUGUUGGACCAGCAAUACCAUUCGUCCUUACCGAAUAGUGAUACAUUCGACUCUACAAAGACCUACUUUUAUCUUCAGCGCAAAUUUGGCAAGCUCCCUCCGGAUCCACCAGGGACUAGGUGGCAAGGCUUUUUCGGCCACCUGUUCGGCUACGGCAGCACUUAUUAUAGUUACCUCUUCGACCAAGUUCUCUCUAAGCGCGUGUGGCAGGUCGUCUUCUCGGCCGGCCGGAACGGAGCCGCCCUCGAUCGAGCGAACGGCGAGAGGCUCAAGGAGAAUUUACUCAAGUGGGGAGGAAGCCGGGAUCCUUGGCGAUGUCUCUCGGACGCUUUGCAAGACGAGCGUCUCGUAGAUGGCGACGAGAAGGCUAUGAGGCUAGUAGGAACAUGGGUUGACAAGGACGAUAGCCAUAGUUAGCAUGGAAGCAUGCUAUGUAUAAGCUUACCGUGACUACCUCUUGCGCAUGUAUUGUAUAUUAAGCUGGUACCUCUCUUCCAUCCCUAUCUAACAUUCAACAUCAGGGCCCCGAGAAACAGGUCUUUACAUUCUAAGGUCCGUGAUGGGUCUAAGAGCGAUAGACUGUACGGAGUUAUCAUGAAGGCUGUAGAGUUGGCCGUGUAGACUCGGAUCUCAUAGAGCCAAAUCAAAAUAGUUAAAAGACCAACCACGCAUGCGAAAGUGGCUUUAGGUGAAUCCACUGAGAGCUUUUCAGGGAGGCUAGGGGUA